AGAAGAGGUAUCCAGGCGGCUAAAUUUGUCCUCUGAAUGUUGUUGAUCUGCGGUGAACCAAUUCUAUAAUGACUUGUUUUUUGCAGGCAGUUAGUCUGUUACUAGUGUUGGUUAUCUGAGGGACACGUUAGACGCUGCAUUGUAAGUACGUAAAAACGACCCUGAAGAUGAAGGUGAAGAUCAGGCAGUGGAACGGAGUGGCAUCCUGGUUGUGGGUGGCCAAUGAUGAAAACUGCGGGAUAUGCAGGAUGCCCUUCAAUGGCUGCUGUCCAGACUGUAAAGUACCUGGGGAUGACUGCCCACUGGUCUGGGGUCAGUGCUCCCACUGUUUCCACAUGCACUGCAUCCUGAAGUGGCUGAACUCCCAGCAGGUCCAGCAGCAGUGCCCCAUGUGCCGCCAGGAGUGGAAGUUCAAAGAGUGAAGCUGCCUCAUCUGCAUCAUGGAGAGCUCUCAUUUUGAUACCUUCUGUAAAUAAGUUUUGUAUUUGAGCAAAUGUUUCUAUAUAUACUGUUGUCUUAGUUUGGGAUUAAAUGAAAACUUGUCA